AAAUCGGAAAAGAAAAUCUCCGUCGCCGCCCUCUCUCCUUCUCUUUCUUUCUCUCCCUCUCGCUUCGUUCUUGCGCCUCCACUCUUUCUGCCCUUCUCCUACAAAAGGUCUAGGGUUUUGCUUGGUCCCAUCCACCAGAACGACACUUCGAUACUCGAGGCGACGGAGGGCGCCGGCUUAGCGACCGCCGGUUUGGGUUUCCUGACGAGCUUCGUGGGAUCCUGGGGCUUUUCAGGCGAGACUGUUUGUCUGCCGCAUAGUUUUCGAAGGGCGCCGGGUUGCUCUGUCCGUCUAUUCUUUCCGUCCCUCCCAAGGGCUAGGGUGGUGGAACGACGAUCAAGACGAGCCAUGCUUAGGCCGAGAUUGGGACAAGGUUGAGAUUUUGGAAGGCGGGUGGAGGGAUUGCCAUGGCGCUCGGGGAUCCAACGUCGAGGUACAGCGUCGAAUUGGGGAUGCCGACGAGGUUUGGGCACGCGUCCGUCGCGAGCCAUCUUGAUGAAUUGGCGCAGGCGGACGAGGAUGGGGACGUUGUGGGCAGCAGCGGUGGGGCAUGCCAGAGGAGUGAUGCUGAAGCCAGUAGCAGCGGCAUCGGCGGUUCGUGCGCGGUGGUGGGGGCGGCGACGAGCUUGGCGUACUUGCCCCAGACGGUGUUCUUGUGCGAACCCCGGCAUGAUCUGUUUGAAGCUUGCGUGCCUUCCGGGCCGGCGGAGAAUGGUCUGGUCUCGAAAUGGCGACCCAAGGACCGGAUGAGGACAGGUUGUGUAGCGCUUGUGUUAUGCUUAAAUAUAAGUGUAGAUCCACCAGAUGUUAUAAAGAUAUCUCCAUGUGCAAGGUUGGAGUGUUGGAUAGAUCCAUUUUCAAUGGCAGCACCAAAGGCACUUGAGUCUAUUGGAAAAGCCUUGCACAAUCAGUAUGAAAGAUGGCAGCCUCGGGCACGGUAUAAGCUUCAACUUGAUCCCACAGUGGAUGAAGUGAAGAAGCUCUGCAAUACGUGCAGGAAGAAUGCAAAAUCAGAAAGGGUAGUCUUUCAUUAUAAUGGGCAUGGAGUUCCAAAACCAACUGCUAAUGGUGAAAUUUGGGUUUUCAACAAGAGCUAUACUCAGUAUAUUCCUUUGCCAAUUACUGAUUUGGAUUCCUGGCUGAGGACACCGUCACUCUAUGUGUUUGACUGUUCAGCUGCGGGAAUGAUUGUUAAUGCAUUCCGAGAGAGGCUAGAUUUGAACCCUACCAGUACUACGGCAUCUUCAACGAAGGAUAUCAUUCUUCUUGCUGCCUGUGAAGCACAUGAAACGCUUCCUCAGAGUGCUGAGUUUCCGGCUGAUGUUUUCACUUCAUGUCUUACGACACCAAUAAAAAUGGCACUGCGUUGGUUCUGUAGUAGAUCACUUCUCCGUGAUCCUCUUUUUGGUGACAUAAUUGACAAAAUUCCUGGCCGUCAAACUGACCGCAAGACACCCCUAGGGGAGCUAAACUGGAUUUUCACAGCAGUGACUGAUACCAUUGCAUGGAAUGUGCUACCUCAUGAACUUUUCCAAAAGCUCUUCAGACAAGAUCUGUUAGUUGCUAGUCUUUUCCGCAAUUUCUUACUUGCAGAGCGCAUAAUGCGUUCUGCGAACUGUUCACCAAUCUCAUUUCCAGUGUUGCCUCCAACACAUCAGCAUCAUAUGUGGGAUGCAUGGGAUAUGGCUGCUGAAAUCUGCCUUUCUCAACUUCUUCCAACACAUGCUGAACCGGAUGCUGAAUUCCAGCCAAGCCCCUUUUUCACAGAACAGCUAACAGCAUUUGAAUUGUGGCUUGAACAUGGGUCUCAACAUAAAAGGCCUCCAGAGCAACUGCCUAUAGUUCUUCAGGUUUUACUUAGUCAAUCUCACCGAUUUCGAGCACUGGUUCUUCUUGGGAAGUUCUUGGAUAUGGGACCUUGGGCUGUUGACCUGGCUUUGUCAGUUGGGAUCUUUCCCUAUGUGCUUAAAUUGCUGCAAACUACAGCAAUGGAACUGAGGCAGAUCCUUGUCUUUAUAUGGACCAAGAUCCUUGCACUUGAUAAGUCGUGCCAGGUUGAUUUAGUGAAGGAUGGAGGACAUGAGUAUUUCAUCAAAUUUCUUAAUUCCGUGGACGCUUAUCCUGAACAACGGGCAAUGGCUGCAUUUGUUCUUGCUGUUAUUGUUGAUGGACAUCGGCAUGGUCAGGAAGCUUGUAUUCAGGCUGAUUUAAUUGAUAAAUGCUUGCAACAUCUGAACGCUCCUAAUCCACAUGAUGCACAGACCGAGCCUCUGCUUCUUCAGUGGCUUUGUCUGUGCCUGGGAAAGCUGUGGGAGAAUUUCCCUGAAGCACAAUUAAUGGGUCUGCAGUAUGGUGCGCCUUCAACAUUUGAGCGUCUUUUGUCAGAGCCUCAACCUGAGGUUAGAGCAGCAGCUGUUUUUGGACUGGGUACACUCUUGGAUGUUGGAUCUGACUCAUUGAGAGAUGGUCUAAGAUGUGACGAUGAUUGUGACGAUGACGAGAAAAUCAAAACUGAAUUGACUAUUGUUCAGAGCCUUUUUGGUGUUGUUAAUGAUGGAAGUCCUCUUGUUAGGGCUGAGGUUUCAGUUGCUCUUGGAAGGUUUGCCUUUGGGCACAAUAAGCAUCUAAAGUCUAUUGCUGCUGCAUAUUGGAAAUGUCAGUCUAACUCUCUGCUGAGUGCAUUGCCUUCAUUGGCAAAUAUACGGAGUCCCCCAACUGGCUAUGCUGGGUCGUCUCAAUUUUUGCAUAGUGCAAGUGUUGUCUCUACACCAGUUGGUGCCGUUCUGAGGGUUGGUGGCGAUAGCAGCGCUCUAGUUCGUGAUGGAAGGUCUUCAGCCAGUAGCCCUCUUCCUGCUGCUGGGAUUAUGCAUGGUUCUCCGUUGUCUGAUGAUUCCUUUGAGCAUUCUGAAUCUGCUAUUCUAUUGAAUGACGCCCCCAGCAAUGGGAUAAUUAGCUCAUCAAAGACGAAAACUGUGGAUAAUGCAGUGUACUCACAGUUUGUCAUGGCCGUCUAUGCCCUAGCCAAAGAUCCAUCCCCUCGUAUUGCUGGAAUAGGUCGACGUAUACUUUCUAUGAUUGGUAUUGAACAAGUGCCUACAAAUUCAUUCCGGCCAAGUGGUGGAAACAUUCAGCAGACAUCCUCUCUUGCCAACUUCACUCGGUCAUCUUCUUGGCUUGACAUGAAUGCUGGUCGCUUGCCAAUGACGUUCAGAACUCCUCCAGUUAGUCCUCCUCGGCAAAGCUAUCUUGCUGGAAUGCGAAGAGUCUGCUCCUUAGAGUUCAGACCAAACCAACUAAGUUCUGCAGACUCAGGGUUGGCUGAUUCGCUUCGAGGGUCUGUUGGGAAUUCUGGGGUUUCAGAAUGUUCCGUGCUUCCACAAUCAACUAUCUAUAACUGGAGCUCGGGCCAUUUCUCAAGGCCCCUUCUUACCUCAGCAGAUGAGAAUGAAGAAGCUCUGUUGAGAAGAGAAGAGAAGGAGAGACUCGCAUGGGAUUGUAUUGCUAAAUGCCAACAUUCUUCGGUUAGCAAUCUUGGAAAUCAAAUUACCACUUGGGACAUAAGGUCAGAUACUGGCACAAAAGCAAUGUUAAUGCAUCCAUUCUCUCCUAUAGUUAUUGCUGCAGAUGAGAAUGAAUGUAUCAGGGUAUGGAAUCAUGAGGACACUGUGCUGCUAAAUACUUUUGACAACCACAAUUUCCGUGAGAAGGGGGUUGCUAAGCUGUGUCUUGUAAAUGAGUUGGAUGACAGUUUGCUUCUUGUUGCUUCAUGUGAUGGUAAUGUCCGUGUAUGGAAAGAUUAUACACAAAGUGGUAGACAGAAACUUGUGACAGCUUUCUCCUCUAUUCAAGGUCAUAGACCCGGUGCACGGGGUGUAAAUGCUGUUGUUGAUUGGCAGCAGCUUACUGGAUAUUUGUAUGCAGCUGGGGAAAUAUCAUCCAUUAUGGUUUGGGAUCUGGACAAAGAACAACGUUCAAAUUCAAUUUACUCUCUGUCAGACAGUAGCAUUUCUGCAUUGUCCGCUUCCCAAGUUUAUGGAGGGCAAUUAGCCGCAGGUUAUGUGGAUGGCCAUGUCAGGUUAUUUGAUGUGCGAACACCUGAAAGACACAUUGGUACUAUGAAGGCUCAUUCACAAAGUGUUGAAAGAGUUGUUGGAAUUAGUUUCCAACCUGGACUAGAUCCUAAUAAGAUUGUGAGUGCAUCUCAAGCUGGGGAUAUUCAGUUCAUGGACAUAAGAAGGCACACAACUGCUUAUCUUACCAUUGAAGCUCAUAGGAGAUCUUUGACAGCCUUGGCUGUUCAUCGUCAUGCCCCAGUAAUUGCCAGUGGUUCUGCCAAGCAAAUAAUAAAAGUUUUUAGUCUUGAAGGCGAACAGCUGAGUGUGAUACGCUACUAUCCUUCUUUCAUGGCUCAGAAGAUAGGUCCUGUGAGUUGCCUCAGCUUCCAUCCCUACAGGGUGCUUCUUGCUGCAGGUACCGGCAGUGGCCCAACCGAUUCCUGCAUCUCUAUUUAUGCUGAUGAGAACUCACCAGCAAGAUGAACAUGAAACAAUUCCAUCUGUUAAGACACAUAAAAUCAUUCUUGCGCUACUGACAUUGCGAGAAGCACUGGUUCAGUGGGCAACACCACCGUCAUCCCUGCUCCAUUCCUCCAGUUUCUUUCCGUUCAUAUUAAGCACGGGUGCUGUCAUUAUAUGCAAUCUGCAACAUAUUCAUUAGGCCUCUCAGGUGUCAUGUUCUGCAGGGUUUGGGCAUCCAAACUGGAGGCUUUGCAAAUAAUCCGGUACAUAGGUGAAGGAUGUAAAUAUUUGCCGUCAUUUUUUCUCUCUACCUGGUUCACAUCAGGAGCAUGCUUGGGUUCGUCUUAAAAUAAUUAAUGGGGCUAGCAAAAAUCUCCUUGAGCAGCAGCUGAAAGGAGUUUACUGCUAGAGCAUUUCAAGAUGCGGUUUAAAGUUGAAACCUGCUGCCUGGUCUCCUUGUAAUAUCUUUACUGUAACCGGGUAUAGUUGAUGUUUAUGCAAGAUGGUGCUGAAUGAUUAGAUCUCUUCUUUCAGUGCUGCUGAAAAGUGGCUGAUUUAUUCAAUUCCUAUUUUCUACAUUCUCUGGAUUUUGGUAUUUGCCGACUCAUCUGGAGUAACAGAUUCUUCUCCAAGCCUGCCUGCCUUCGGUGCUUCUAUGGGCUAUCGAUCUUGAUCUUUAAUGCUAGCCCAGUUGGUAAGGACUGCAACUGUUGCGGCAAGAUGACAUACCUGCAGGGGAGCAUAGGUAGAAAUUGCCAGGAGCUUACAACCAGGGCAAUGGUGAUUUAGCCGCAAAAGACCAGAAGGAUGCCUGCUUUCCUGGAGCUUGUUUCUUGCUCAAUUUGUAAAGUAUACGCUUCACAUUCCUUGUAAAUGGUACACCUUUAAAUGUUAUAUAUUUAUUGCGAUUGUGAUUGCCA